GUGGGAAAAGUAGAGAGAUAUUUAGGAGUGCCUUAUGCCAGACCACCAAUUGACCAAUAUCGAUUUGAGCAUGCUAAAGACCCAGUGCCUUGGGGUGAUAAAAUUAUAGAAACCACAAGACUUCCUCCCGCAUGUUAUCAACGUUAUGGUAUUAAUCGAUAUCUAGAUCAACAUUAUCCAAACUUUAGAAGACAAAGUGAAGAUUGUUUAUAUAUCAAUAUAUAUGUACCUGUCCAUCAACAAAGAAACCAGACGAAAAAUGUUUUGUUCCAUAUUCAUGGUGGUUCUAAUGGUUAUGGAAUGGGAGGUAUGUUACAUGGUGAUGUUUUAGCGGUGAAAGCGGAUGUUAUAGUUGUUACCUUUAACUAUAGGCUUGGGGUCUUUGGUUUCUUUGGUUCCAACUCAAAAAUAUUUCCUGGAAAUUAUGGUAUGACCGACCAAGUGAAAGCCUUAAGUUGGGUUCAAGAAAACAUUCAUUAUUUUGGUGGAGAUAGAAAUAAGGUCACCAUAACUGGUCAUAGUGCUGGAGGUUGUGAUGUUGGUUUACAUAUUUUAUCUCCACUUAGUAAAGGUACGUUU